GAUACGAAAUGAAUCGGUUUUUGGUAGUACAUGUGUUUAUCCUUUUAAAACAUUUAGAAAUCAAAAUAAUUGGAAAGUUAUUUAAAUAAAUAACUAAUCAGAAUUAUAAUAAUAAACACUUUUCAAAUCUUCUGGAAAGAUUUUCAUUAUUAAUCAUGAAGAAAAGAAAAACUAAAAAGAAUAAACAACGAGGAAAUAAUAAAAUUGUUGAUGAACCAAUUGAAUUGAAGAAUGCACCACACACAUUUGUCAUCCAUCGAGGACUGUCAUGUCCGUUCAUGCUAACUUUAUCCCGGGACUUCCGUAAAAUGAUGGAACCUUUCACAGCGACUCACCUUCAAGAACGAAAAUCAAAUAAAAUCAAGGACUUUGUCAGUCUCUGUGGAAUAUUUCAUGUUUCUCAUAUGUGUCUCUUCACGAGAUCAGAAAAGUCAAUAUCAAUGAAAGUAUCAAGAUUACCGCAAGGACCGACAUUAAGUUUCAAAGUUCAUUCGUUUAUUCUUGCAAAAGAUGUUUUGUCGUCACUGAAAAAACAAUAUGUUGAAGAGGGAUUGUUCAAACAAGCACCACUCGUCAUUUUAAACAGCUUCUCUGGCGAAGGAAAUCACAUGAAACUCAUGGCGAACACAUUUCAAAACAUGUUUCCACCUUUAAAUCUUACAACAUUAAAGUUGGGAAAUAUUAGACGUUGUGUGCUUUUUUCGUUUAAUCCAGCUACUAAUCUUAUUGACAUGAGACAUUAUGCCAUAACUUUGGUGCCAGUUGGAGUUAACAAAGGAAUCAAGAAAAUCGUUCAGCGGAAAAUUCCUGAUAUGAGUAAAAUGGAAGACAUUUCAGAUUUGGUGAUGAAGAGUCAAGCACUUUCCGAUUCGGAGUUUGAUGAUGAAGAGACGCAUGUUGAAGUGUCGCAAGCACUUAAAAGGGGAAACGUUGAAGCUGGACAAUCUGCGAUUCGACUUCACGAACUUGGCCCACGUAUAACUUUCGAGUUAAGGAAAAUUGAAACUGAUUUGUUGAAUGGAGAAGUUCUUUAUCAUAAAGAUGUUGUAAAAUCUGUUGAUGAAAUAUUAAAAACUAAAAAGAAACGUGCUGAUAAAAGAGUACAGAAAGAACAUCGUAAAAAGAUUCAAGAAGACAACAAAGCGAAGAAAAAUGUGGCAAAGGAAGAACAUAAACUUAAGACGAGUGGAAACAAACAAUUUUUAAUGACGGAGAACGAUAAAAAGUUGAUUAAAGAUGCAGAGGAUGCUAUCGAUGAUACACCUGAAGAUGAUGCUGAAUACUAUAAGGAUGAAAUUGGCGCUGAUCCAGAACAAGAACUGUUUGAAAAUGCAGUUAAGAGCACAAGAAAACGUCCGCACAUACCAGGAUUUUCAUCAAAGAAGUUUAAUGCUAAGAAACCUCGCUUAGAUCAACAUAAAGAUAAGAAACAUGACGGAAGAAAAGGUGGACAAAGUGAAGUUGCUCCAAACUAUAAACAGUAUAAACAAAGUGAAAUGGGAAAUAGAGAUGAUGAAUAUGAUUAUUUAUUCAAAGUGGUUUUAAUUGGUGAUUCGGGAGUUGGAAAGAGUAAUCUUCUAUCACGAUUUACUCGCAAUGAAUUCAACUUAGAAUCGAAAUCAACAAUUGGUGUUGAGUUCGCAACUCGUAGCAUUGUAGUGGAUAACAAGACGAUCAAGGCUCAGAUUUGGGAUACAGCCGGUCAAGAGCGGUAUAGGGCCAUCACUUCAGCAUAUUAUCGUGGGGCAGUCGGAGCUUUACUCGUGUAUGACAUUGCGAAACAUCUAACAUAUGAGAAUGUUGAACGAUGGUUACGUGAAUUACGUGAUCAUGCAGAUCAGAAUAUCGUGAUAAUGUUGGUUGGAAACAAGAGCGAUUUGCGACAUUUGCGUGCUGUGCCGACAGAUGAAGCGAAAUCAUUCGCUGAACGCAAUGGACUCAGCUUUAUUGAGACAUCAGCUCUUGACUCAACGAAUGUUGAGACAGCGUUUCAAAAUAUACUCACAGAAAUUUAUCGAAUUGUUUCGCAAAAACAAAUUCGUGAUCCCCCAGAAGGUGACGUUAUUCGUCCAUCGAAUGUGGAGCCUAUCGACGUUAAGCCGACUGUUACAUCUGAAGUGCGAAAGCAAUGUUGCCAGUGAUCCGUUUGAUUGAAAGCUUAUUUCCGCAUAACAAAAAACAUUAAACAAAAAAAAAGAAGAAUCAGAAAUUUUCCUUUAUAUUUUUCUCUCCCCUUCAUAAUUUUCUAAUUAAAAAUCAAAAAUAUAUAAAAACACAAAAAUUACGCGCUUCUUUUUAUAUCAAAAUAUGAAUAAAUAAAUUGUUUUCUUCAUCAAUUAUCGCGGUGUUUGCAAAAGGCUGUAGAAAUGUUAAGCAAUUUUUUUCUUUCGCCGAUUUGAUGUUUUAAGACAAAGACAGAGAAAGAAAAUGACAUCAAGAGACGGAAAAUUGGAAGUUUGUCCUCCCACGAACUUCCUAAGCAUGAAAAUUUGAAGCUUUUCUCUUUGUCAUCUUCUUAUGAUUCAUUCACACUUUUUCCGCUCUGUAAUAAGGAAGAUUAAGCCACACAACUCACUAUAUUAAUGAAUAUGUGAAAAAGUAGACAACAAGUUGAUAAAAUAAAAUAUCAUUGAUGAAAAACUAAAAUAAAAAGAGAAUAAAUGUAAAAUUAAUUUUAGAAUUUGAAAAAAAGGAAUUUGCUGAAAAAAGAUUGAAAUGAUUAUUUAGAAAUUUAAUUAUGCAAUGAAGAACGAAACAUUUAUGGAUGGUGAUGACGAAGAACGAACGCAAGAAAGCAUCCAACAAUAAAAGAAUGAUAAUAUUUAAUUAUAGCUUUUUGUACAAUUAAUUUAACGAAUGAUGAUGAAAACUUGUAUUAAAUUAAGGCCAAAAAGUUCCAUUCUUCUUCAUGCCUAAAUUCUUAUUUUGAAUUUAUUUUAUAUUAUCUUUCUUUCCCAUUCUAUGAUUAAUACAAAAAUUAUGCAACAUAAAACGAUCUUUCAAUCUUUUCUUUUUAAAUAUCUAAUCAAUCAUUUAUGUAUUUGCAUAAUUCUAUGAUAUUUUUAUUCAUCAAAUAUUAUUCUUUUAUUCAACAAGCAAAAGCAUUUCAGGAUGACAAUUUUAUGGAAAAUAUUUUCAUUUUUUAUCUAAGAGAAACAGGAAAUUCCUGCCGACUUUCGUUAUAAAAAUAUCAAUCAGCAAAACUUGAGAAAAUUUUAAUUUUCUUCUUCAUUUCAAUUGUGUUUAAGUAAGCAUGAAUUUAAUAGCGAAAGAUGUUAGUUAUUGUCAUCAAUUCAAACGCGACGAAUUAUCAAAAGAAAGAAAAAUGAAUUCUGUCUUUAUUUGCCGUCAUAUUCGUUCGAAUGAAUAACGAAGAAAUCCUUCAAUGCAUUGUGUAAUGUUUCUGAUGCUGAACACAUUAAUGAUGAAUGAUAAAAAUAAAAUUGAAAAAUGUUAAAAACAGGAA